CGAGGACUUUAGCCACUAGGCUACCUCGCCAGGCCCCACCCUUAGGUGUUUUACAUCUUUUUUCCGUCAUAUUCUUGCAAGGAGUAGGGGAGGAGUGUGUCUAUACACUGGUGCCUGGGCAGAGGCUCUGGGUGGCCAGGCUUGCCAGGAAGCGUCCAUGUGGCCCCAGAUGCUGUGACCAUGGAGGCCACAGCCACGGCAGCCCUCAUCCCUCACUCUGCUGCUCUGCUCUGGGGUGCAGGCUGGGAGCCAGCAAGCUACCCCUCUCCCUCUCUUGACACUGCUGGUCUCUGUACCCCACAGCCGCCCGCCCAGCCACCCCUGCUCAUGGAGAACUUCUUUAGGAGACAUUUCCGGCGGAAGGCUCAAGGUGCUGGAGAGGGGCCCCGGCGGCCCAGCAGUGUGGGGCUGCCUACGGGCAAGGUCAGGCGCCGCUCCUCAGCCGGACAGGCGUCCUCCUCACUGGCCCAGAGGCGCCGCUCCAGUGCUCAGCUCCAGGGCUGCCUCCUGGGCUGCGGCGUUGGGGUUGGAGGAGUUAGUGGCAGCCGCCGCAGGCGCUCCAGCACCGCACCCCCAGCCUGCAACCCCCGCUUCGUCAUCAAGGAGGUCCCCAGCUCACAGGCUGCCAGUGUGGGGGCCCAGCUGCUGAGGUCACCCCUGCUGUUUGCUGGACUUUUGGGUAUGCAGGAAGAGGAGGAAGAGGGGGUCGAGAAGGAAGAUGUCACAGCGGGGGCAUCGAGUGCCACCCAGCCAAACCCCAAAGCAGCGGGGCAUCCACGGCAUUGGGGCGCAUGCCCGCGGCUACAGCUGCCACGCUGCCUGCGCCGGGCCUCCUCCCACCUGCUCCCCGCCGACGUGGUGUAUGACUGUGCCCUGUGGGGCCUGCACGGCUACUAUCGGCGCCUCAGCCAGCAGCGGCUUGCAGGCCAGCACCCAGGCCCCGGCGGCCGAAGAGCCUCCUGUGCCUCAGCAGGCCCCGCACUGCCCACCCGCGUGCGGCCACUGUCCCGCAGGCGCCAGGUAGCCCUACGGCGCAAGGCAGCCGGACCCCAGGCCUGGAGCUCCCUGCUUGUGAAAGCCAUCACUAAGUCGGGCCUCCCGCACCUGGCACCCCCUCCUCCAGCCCCUGGUGCCCUGUGUGGCGAGUCUGAGCGGCAGAUCCGAAGCACCGUGGACUGGAGCGAAUCAGCAACAUAUGGGGAACACAUCUGGUUCGAGACCAACGUGUCAGGGGACUUCUGCUAUGUUGGGGAGCAGUACUGUGUAGCCAAAAUGCUGCAGAAGUCAGUGUCACGGAGAAAGUGUGCAGCCUGCAAGAUCGUGGUACACACCCCCUGCAUCGAACAGCUGGAGAAGAUAAACUUCCGCUGUAAGCCAUCCUUCCGGGAGUCGGGCUCCAGGAAUGUACGCGAGCCAACCUUCGUGCGGCACCACUGGGUGCAUAGGCGGCGCCAGGACGGCAAGUGCCGGCACUGUGGCAAGGGCUUCCAGCAGAAGUUCACCUUCCACAGCAAGGAGAUUGUGGCCAUCAGCUGCUCCUGGUGCAAGCAGGCCUACCACAGCAAGGUGUCGUGCUUCAUGCUGCAGCAGAUAGAGGAGCCAUGCUCGCUGGGGGUGCACGCGGCCGUGGUCAUCCCACCCACCUGGAUCCUCCGCGCCCGGAGGCCCCAGAACACCCUCAAGGCGAGCAAGAAGAAGAAGCGUGCGUCUUUCAAGAGGAAGUCCAGCAAGAAGGGGCCCGAGGAGGGCCGCUGGAGACCCUUCAUUAUCCGGCCCACCCCGUCCCCCCUCAUGAAGCCCCUGCUGGUGUUUGUGAACCCCAAGAGUGGGGGCAACCAGGGCGCCAAGAUCAUGCAGUCCUUCCUCUGGUAUCUCAACCCCCGGCAAGUGUUCGACCUGAGCCAGGGAGGGCCCAGGGAGGCGCUGGAGAUGUACCGCAAAGUGCAUAACCUGCGAAUCCUUGCUUGCGGGGGUGACGGCACAGUCGGCUGGAUUCUCUCCACCCUAGACCAGCUCCGCCUAAAGCCGCCACCGCCUGUUGCCAUCUUGCCGCUGGGGACCGGCAAUGACCUGGCACGCACCCUCAACUGGGGCGGGGGCUAUACAGAUGAGCCUGUCUCUAAGAUCCUGUCACAUGUGGAGGAGGGGAACGUGGUACAGCUGGACCGCUGGGACCUGCGGGCAGAGCCCAACCCUGAGGCCGGGCCCGAGGAGCGAGAUGAUGGCGCCACCGACCGGCUGCCCUUGGACGUCUUCAACAACUACUUCAGCCUGGGCUUCGAUGCCCAUGUCACCCUGGAGUUCCACGAAUCUCGAGAGGCCAACCCUGAGAAGUUCAAUAGCCGCUUCCGGAACAAGAUGUUCUACGCCGGGACGGCCUUCUCUGACUUCCUCACUGGCGGCUCCAAGGACCUGGCCAAGCACAUCCGGGUGGUGUGCGACGGGACUGACUUGACCCCCAAGAUUCAGGAGCUGAAGCCCCAGUGCAUCGUUUUCCUGAACAUCCCCAGGUACUGUGCUGGCACCAUGCCUUGGGGCCACCCCGGGGAGCACCAUGACUUUGAGCCCCAGCGGCACGACGACGGCUACCUCGAGGUCAUUGGAUUCACCAUGACCUCUCUGGCCGCACUGCAGGUGGGCGGGCACGGCGAGCGGCUGACGCAGUGCCGCGAGGUGCUGCUCAUCACGUCCAAGGCGAUCCCAGUGCAGGUGGACGGCGAGCCCUGCAGGCUAGCAGCCUCCCGCAUCCGCAUCGCGCUGCGCAACCAGGCCACCAUGGUGCAGAAGGCCAAGCGCCGGAGCGCCGCGCCCCUGCACAACGACCAGCAGCCCGUGCCUGAGCAGCUGCGGAUCCAGGUGAGCAGGGUUAGCAUGCACGACUAUGAGGCCCUGCACUACGACAAGGAGCAGCUCAGGGAGGCCUCUGUGCCCCUGGGCACCGUGGUGGUCCCAGGAGACAGUGACCUGGAGCUCUGCCGUGCCCACAUUGAGAGGCUCCAGCAGGAGCCUGAGGGUGCUGGAGCCCAGUCCUCCAUGUGCCAGAAGCUGUCCCCCAAAUGGUGUUUCCUGGAUGCUACCACUGCCAGCCGCUUCUACAGGAUCGACCGUGCCCAGGAACACCUCAACUAUGUGACUGAGAUUGCACAGGACGAGAUCUACAUCCUGGACCCCGAGCUGCUGGGGGCCUCGGCCCGGCCCAACCUGCCAACCCCCACUUCCCCUGUCCCCACCUCCCCCUGCUCACCCACUCCCCGGUUGCUGCAAGGGGAUGCAGCGCCCCCUGCAGGUGAGGAGCUGAUCGAAGCUGCCAGGAGGAACGACUUCUGUAAGCUGCAGGAGCUGCACCGAGCAGGGGGCGACCUCACGCACAGGGAUGAGCGAAGCCGCACGCUGCUGCACCACGCUGUCAGUGCGGGCAGCAAGGACGUGGUCCGUUACCUGCUGGAGCACACCCCGCCAGAGAUCCUGGACGCAGCAGAGGAAAAUGGGGAGACCUGUCUGCACCAGGCCGCCGCCCUGCGCCAGCGUACGAUCUGCCACUACAUCGUGGAGGCAGGGGCUUCGCUCAUGAAGACAGACCAGCAGGGCGACACCCCCCGGCAGCGGGCUGAGAAGGCUCAGGACACGGAGCUGGCCGCCUACCUGGCCAGCCGGCAGCACUACCAGAUGAUCCAACGAGAGGACCAGGAGACGGCCGUGUAGCCUCUAGGCUCAGCGAGGGCCUCCUUGCCCGCCUCACUGCCACAUUCCAGCCGGAUGGCCACAGGGAGGGACCCGUACCCCCAGUGCAAGAGCCGCCCCCAGGACUCCGGGGAGCACCCCUGCCGGGGGUCAGCCUGCACAGGCCGGGGCAGGGGGCCCCGGGCCGCGCCCCUCGGGACAGCAGUUGCCCCACUCGCAGUUCUGAACCCCCCAGCGGAGGCGACAGUGGCCGCGGCAGGGGAGGGGAGACCCGCGGGCCGAGGUUCCUAAGCCCACUGCCGCGUAGGGCCACACGGAGGCCCCGUGAGCUUGGCCCCAAGCCCGCCCGGACCCCACCCUGCUCCAGCCGGCGUGGCCUGCCCGUUGCCCUGCUUGGCACCCGCCCCGGUGACCCUUCUCUGUACCCAGUCAUGUCUCAUGGACUGUAUGGCCGGGGUGGGGGCGGGGCUCCCACGGGUGACAUGUUUACAGCUGGGUGCGACUCAGUAAAGUGGAUUUUUUUUUC